GCCCCGGACCCCUGGAUCCGUCGGGGCGCCUCCACCCAGCUGUUAGCAUGAUGUCUUACCUCAAACAACCCCCAUACGGCAUGAACGGGCUGGGCCUGGCCGGGCCAGCCAUGGACCUCCUGCAUCCUUCCGUGGGCUACCCCGCCACCCCGCGGAAGCAGCGGCGGGAACGCACUACCUUUACACGCUCACAGCUGGACGUGCUCGAGGCGCUCUUCGCCAAGACUCGCUACCCUGACAUCUUCAUGCGCGAGGAGGUGGCGCUCAAGAUCAACCUGCCGGAGUCCAGAGUUCAGGUCUGGUUCAAGAACCGCCGUGCCAAAUGCCGCCAGCAGCAGCAGAGCGGGAGCGGGACCAAGAGCCGCCCAGCCAAGAAGAAGUCGUCCCCGGUGCGGGAGAGCUCGGGCUCGGAAAGCAGCGGCCAGUUCACGCCUCCCGCUGUGUCCAGCUCCGCCUCGUCCUCCAGCUCAGGAUCCAGCGCCUCCGCCAACCCAGCGGCGGCAGCGGCGGCAGGCCUGGGCGGGAACCCGGCGGUGGCAGUCCCGUCGUCGUUGAGUACGCCGGCUGCCUCAUCCAUCUGGAGUCCGGCCUCCAUCUCGCCGGGCUCAGCGCCCGCGUCGGUGUCAGUGCCCGAGCCCUUGGCCGCGCCUAGCAACGCGUCGUGCAUGCAGCGCUCGGUUGCUGCAGGCGCCGCCUCGGCUGCAGCCUCUUAUCCCAUGUCCUACGGCCAGGGCGGCAGCUAUGGGCAGGGCUACCCCGCGCCCUCGUCUUCCUACUUUGGCGGCGUGGACUGCAGCUCCUAUCUAGCGCCCAUGCACUCGCACCACCACCCGCACCAGCUCAGCCCUAUGGCACCCUCCUCCAUGGCCGGCCACCAUCACCACCAUCCACACGCGCACCAUCCGUUGAGCCAGUCCUCAGGCCAUCAUCACCACCAUCAUCACCACCACCACCAGGGCUACGGCGGCUCAGGGCUCGCCUUCAACUCUGGCGACUGCUUGGAUUACAAGGAGCCUGGCGCCGCCGCUGCUUCCUCGGCUUGGAAACUCAACUUCAAUUCGCCCGACUGUCUGGACUAUAAGGACCAAGCCUCAUGGCGGUUCCAGGUCUUGUGAGCCCAGGAGUGGGAGGAAGAGGAGAUGAAACGCAACUACCUGCGCCCUCCGUGGUCCCCGUCCUGUUGCUGCUGCUGCACCGCCCGCCUUUGCCUCGGCUUCUGCAGACCUGAAUUUUCAUGCCCCUGAAAGAUGCCCUUUGCCUGCACUGCCGCCCUCAUCUUUCUGCCACUUUGUUUGGGGGAUGUGCAGACCCGCCCACCCCUUGGAUGAGGGGACAGGUGCUUUGGCUUGGCCCACAAGUUCUAUAUGGGGAGAGCUGUGUGCUCUCUUCCUCAUCCCCUAACGAACUCCUAAGUCACUCUCCUCUGGUGUUUCUGGGCAGUUAUUAUGCACUUGCAGCCUUCGGAGGCUCUUGCUCUGACUCUCUGUUUGAACCGUACACUUUUAUUUAUUCUUUCUGGACACUGGAAUCACUAACUGGCAUGUGUCUGCCCACUGGAGUGCACCCACACUCUACCCCAAAUCAAAACAACCACUAAGUGUUUCUCGCUUGCAGACUACCGCCCCUUCAGCAGCCCUCGGUCCCGCUCCCCGGCUGCAGGCCAGAGCUUUCCGGCGUUUUCUCCUCCCCAGCGGGAUGCGCUGGGGCACGGCUGGAGGGAGGAGCGCGUCCCUAGCCUCUCGCGCACAGCCCCGCCCUGCGUAGAACUGGCUCAAGCUUCCGCCUCGGCGGGAAUGCUGUACAUAGUCGGGUCCGUUCCAGGGACCAUUUAAACUUUUUAGUUGCUGUUGGUUGAACUGAGCAUAUCUCGUCUUAGCGCCCAGGAAAUAGAACUUUAAGAUAUAUACAGCAUAUAUAUACAUAUAUAUACACACAUAUA